AUGAUGGAGCCUGCCAAACUUCGGCGACACGAACAGAGAGGCAAAUACGAUGUCGACUCCAUCCAGAAAGUCUUUUCGGACACUUUCAUUUCCCAUGUCUCAUACAUCGACAAUGGCUUGCCGCAGUGCGUGCCUAUGAUCGCCCUGUUUCACCGUGCUGGCGAGAAUGAAGAUCCAGUGAUCUAUCUCCACGGCCACCCUAGCUCGAGAUUAAUGGAGAUUGUGCGGGAUAAGGAGUCAGAAUGUGCUACUGGAGACGACGAGAAGUUACACAAAAUCCCGAACGAUAAGAUAAGAGUAUGCAUUACAAGCACCAAAGUUGACGGCCUUGUCCUCUCAUCGGCCCCGAAUGGGCAUACUUUUAAUUAUCGGUCCGGAAUCGUCCAUGGUGCAUGCUCCCUUAUUAAGGAUCGUGACCUUAAGCGGGAGGUGAUGAGGGGUGUAACGAAUCAUAUCGUUGAAGGCAGGUGGGAGGACGUAAACCCUGUCUCCUCCUUUCAGGUUUCGUUGGUCUGUGUGAUACGUGUUGAUAUCCUCAGUGGUGGAGUAAAAUUUCGAACUGGUAUUCCCGGUGUACAACCCAGAGACAGGAUAAAAGAUGGACCAGACAAUGAAGUGCCGCCAUGGACAGGAGUCGUCCCCCUUUCCGAACAAUUGGAUGAGCCAGUUCCAAGUGGAUUGACAGAUGAUGCCAAAGUUCCUGAAGGGUUAUUGACAUUUAUACAAAGGAGGAACAAAGCUCAAAGCGAAUAUGCCCAUUCUGUUGCUAAAUAA